UAUAGUUUACUAAAUGUCCCAAUUCUAUAAGCACAAAACAAAACAAGUGUACAUACAUACCAUAGAAAUUUUCUAAAUAACAAUAACAAAUUGGAAAAUACAAAACAUCGAAGCACAAAACGAGUGGAUCGAGAAUGAUUCAAUGUAAAGAAUAAUAGAAGUUAGUGAUAGUGAAUAAGCCACAACAAAAGGACGCGUAACGAUAAAGGUUCGUGUGUCUUAUUCACCUUUCGCCACAGCAAACUCGAAUCUCACCACUUAUUGUCGAUUUUCUUACUAGUCUGACUAUUAAACGCCGCCGUUUCAUCAGGAGAUUUUGUAUUUGAUGUUAAAUGGUUUAUUUAAAGGUCUCCUUUUACAACUUUCGAUAUACCUACCAUUAAUAUUAAAAACCUAACAGCAUCAAACAUGGGCGUAGUGAUCAUAGACGGAUCGACGGUAAGGGACUUCGUCAGCGACGAACCGGAGUUCAACAAGAGCGUGGAUGAGCAAUUCGUAUCACUAGAUCUGAACAAGGACGGUGUUCUCUCCCGAACUGAGCUCCGGAAAGCUUUCCAGACGAUGAGGCUCAUCGAGAGCCACUUUGGGAUCGACGUGGCCACCACGGCCGAACAGCUCUCCCAGCUCUACGAUUCCAUCUUCGACAAGUUCGACUGCGACCGCAGCGGUACCGUCGAUCGAGAAGAGUUCAGGUCCGAGAUGAAGAAGAUCCUUCUCGCCAUAGCUGACGGCCUUGGCUCGUCACCGAUUCAGAUGGUUCUCGAGGACGACGAUCCGACGUUCCUCAAGCAAGCUGCGGAUCUUGAAGCUUCGAAGUUAGCUAAGCUCCAAUCCUCAAAUGCUUGAAACCUCAAAAUUUCGAAGUGAUGCUUUCUUUGUCUUUUAGUUUCUGCAUAUUACCUGUUUGUGAAAACGUUUGAGUGAAUAAAUUUAAGAAAUGAUAAAACAUAUACGUACGUUUUUGAGCUAGCUAUAAUAAUAAGAAUAUGUAUUUGUUGCAAACUUAUCUUUUAAGUUCAGUCAAAGUGUAAUUCCUAGAUCUACUUGUUUUGUGUUGGGGCUGUUUGUUUAUAUGAAAAGAGUGAGAAAAUUUUGAGCGCUAAAA